AUGGAGAUUGAAGCCACAUUCCCAACACAGAAAAAGCGUGUCAUCAAAAGGAAAAGGUUCUUUGAUGAGGAACCAGAGUUAGUUGAUGAGUUUGUAGAUCUAUCUCCGGAAGAGAGCUUCAGAACUUCUUAUUUCCUCCAAGUCAUGGAUCAAGCUCUUUAUUCUCUUGAAACAAGGUUUGAGCAAUUUCAGAAAUAUGAACAAACAUUUGGUUUUCUCUUUGAUUUGGAGAAACUGAAAUCAGCGAGUGAAGAUAGUUUGAUGGCAUCUUGUACCAAUCUUGAAGCAGCUUUAAAGCAUGUAAAUCAUUCUGAUGUUAUUGGGAAUGAUUUGUGUUUUGAACUGAUGGUUCUAAAAGAGGCAUUGCCACAAGAUUACAAGAGACCUCUUGAAGUUUUGAACUUCUUGAAAGGAAGGGAAGAGUCUUAUCCAAACUCAUGGAUUGCUUAUCAAAUAUUAUUGACGAUUCCAGUUUCUGUCGCCACUGCUGAAAGAAGCUUUUCCAAGUUAAAGCUAAUAAAGUCUUAUCUUCGAUCAACCAUGUCACAAGAAAGGUUAAAUGGUCUAGCAAUUAUAUCGAUCGAGAGAGAAUUAGUUAGGAAUCUAGAUUAUGAUAAUUUGAUUAAAGAGUUUAUUGAAAAAGAGGGAAGAAAAAUUUUGUCUUAG